GAAUCCAGCGGGCUAGCGAAGGACGACGCUGGCUAGUUCCACGUCGCGUAUGAGGUUCUCGUCGUGAUACCUGUGCACGCCCGCCGGCUGUUUGAAAAGCACGCCGUUCCCGCUCCUCGUUAAAGUUCACCUAAAGAAAUGACCAUGAAAGCGCACCUAGCAGCUUGCCUGUUGCUCCUUAUAUUGCAAGGAGUUGUCGGACCGCCGGUAGACAAAAGGAAAAAGCCAGAAGAGCCAGCCAAGGGAAACACCGUUGAAGAGCCUCCCGAUUUUGGCCUGGAGUACAGUCGCUACCUUCAGGAAGUGGUUCAAGCGCUUGAGGAUGACCCAGACUUUUCUUCUAAGCUAAAAGCUGUCAACAUCGAUGACAUAAGGUCUGGUAACGUGGCUCACGAACUUGAGUUUGUAAAGCACGAUGUCCGGAACCGCUUGGAUGAGCUCAAGAGGAUUGAAUUGGACAGGUUGCGAAAGCUCACCGUGCAGGCCAAGGAGAAAGAACUUGCAGGCCUGGACCGUAACAGCGUCAAGUUGCCCCACCACAUUGAUUACCAGAACCCACACACCUUUGAAAUUGAAGACCUGAAGAAGCUGAUUGUCACUGCAACGAAGGACUUGGAGGCCCUCGACGAGCAGCGCAAGGCCGAGUUCAAGGAGUACGAGAUGCGCAAGGAGCUCGAGUACCGAAAGAGCCUGGAGAACAUGACGGCCGAGGAGCGGCUCAUGGAGCAGCAGCACAACGAGACCAUCAAGCACCACAAGGAACACCCCGCCGUUCACGAGCCGGGAAGCAAGCCACAACUGCAGGAAGUGUGGCAAGAGCAGGACCACAUGGAUCCCGAUGACUUCAAUCCCAACACCUUCUUUGCCAUGCAUGACCUUAAUGGAGAUGGGUACCUCGAUCCAGAUGAAAUCGCUGCUGUUCUGAACUUGGAGGUAAAGAAAAUGUACCGGCCUGAUGACAAUGGCACUGAUCCAGUGGAGAGGAACGAAGAGGUAGAGCGCAUGCGGGAGCAUGUUCUUCAGGAGGGAGACUCGAACAAGGAUGGCCUGUUAAGCCACCAGGAGUUUUUGGACAUGACCCACCGGCGCGAUUUUGAGAAGGAUGAAGGAUGGAAGGGCCUGGAUGAACAGCAGGUGUACUCGGAGGACGAGUUGCGCCAGUACCAGCAGCAGCACCCAGACCUUCAGCUGCAGUACCCGUACCAGCAGUACCAUGGUGGUCCCAUGCCCCCUCAGUACCAGGGACAGCAGAUGCCACAGUACCAGCACAUGCCACCGCAGGGAGCUCAGUACCAAGGUCUUCCAAGCCACCAAGGAGUGCCGCCUCAGCAGCACCAAGGCCAGCUGCAGCAUCAGCAGGGUCAGUUCCAGCAGCAGCAAGGACAGUACCAGACUCAGCAUGGUCAAUUCCAGCCGCAACCUGGGCACCCACAGCAGCAGCAGCAGUUCCAUCCAGCAAGUGGUGGCAUGCCUCAGGUUGAUCAUGCCGCUGCACAGCAGUAUGCUGCCCAGCAUCAUGCAGCUCAGCAGCAGAUGGUUCAGCAGCAAAUGGCCCACCAUCAAAUGACUCAACAGCACCUGGCCCAGCAGCAGCAAUUUGCUCAGCAACCCAACUUGGCUCAGCAGCAUGUGGUACAGCAACAUGUUCCGCAGCCGCAGCACGCUGCAACGGGCCAGCAGCAACCAGCCGUCCAACAGCAGGUUGCGGGUCAUUAUGCACAACAACCGGCUGGUGUGCAGCCAGCGGCCCAGGUGGCUUCUGGCGUUGUCAUUCCUCAGGGCUCAAGUCAACAGCCGCCACAGCAUCAGCAAGCACAAGUUCCAACAGCUGGAGCACAAGGAGCUGCAGCACCGGCUGCACCAGGAGGUGCAGGACACGGUGCGCAGGUCCCAGUUCACCACUGAGCUCCCUGUGGUUAGAGAAACUCGAGGACUGCUUACUUGUGAAUCGAAAUCAUCACUGACUGUUGUUGUUGUUGCUGCUGAUGAUGUCUGUGCAGGCACCCUCAGACUUGGGUUGUGGUUGUAAGUGUUAUUGGCGGGGGGGGGGGGGGGAUUUAUUUUCUGCCACAUGGUCUCAUUACAACAGCACACAACUUGGCAUAGGAUUGCAAGGUUUGCAUUCACUACAGCACGGACAAAGCAGCGUACCUUCCUGCUUCCAAGUCAGAGAAGUGAAUUUCGACGUAGGCUGGCAUGAGUUUCAGUCAGCCACAUUUAGAUUUUGGGGUAUCAACGUGGGACACAGAGAAUGUGCCGUUUUCGCUGUGUUAUGUCUAGUGUCUGCAUAACGUGUUAAACGGGUUGCGAGCCGAAAGCAACAUUCUUGCUGCACUUUUUUUGCAUUCGAAACAGAGGGGAGGCACUGCUGCACUUACCAUUACAGGGCGGUGGGAGUUGUGUACUGUUGUUUCUCUACGGUCUCGCAGGAACAAGUGCAUAAGUGAUUUUACCAGGCUUUAACGUGACGCGAGUUUUGCGGAAAUGUGUAUAAAGGUUCUUCUCUAUUCCUUCAACUAACAGCACUAAUGUGAUCGCAUUUCAUGCAAUAUGUUCUGCUUUCUUGCUUCCUCUAAUCAUUGUGAAGGGGAUGCCAAUUGUACAUAUUUCUACUUAUAGGUUAUUUUAACGCACCUGGACGACUGUUGUGAUGGCGGUGGGUUUGACACUAAUGUUAAUACGAAUGAGGCCUUUGUGCACGUUUUUUAUGCAAGGGAAUGUAAAUAGGAAUGGGAAAGUAUUGUUUUUGGACGUGCAUGACAUUCACGGUGGAUUUGGAAUGUACAGCCCGGACUUAUGAGGUGGUGCAGCAUUUUAGGCAUAGUGAAUACAGAUGUCAUUAGUGUUGUGACAAAUUGACUUUGACACUGUCAACAGCAAUGUCUCUCCUCCUCGAGUUCGAAGCAUUAACUAUGAGAGAAGCGUGGUAUGCUGGUUUGUAAGAUCGUUACAACGAAUAAUUUGUUUAAAUCACAAAAGAUGUGUCUGCCUCAUACAGUUUGAGAAGAAAAUGUGCUAAGAUGUCAUGGUAUGAACUUGCUGAAAAUUAUUUUCACUUUCUGAAGGAAGGCUAACACCAUGCUAAAUUACAGUGGCAUUGGUGUCUAGUCAUGCGAAUGUGCGUUAGAAAUAAGUUUCGUUAGAAAUAAGUUUUUGCGAAUGUGCGUUAGAAAUAAGACGUUUUAAUGUUAUCAUACUUUUUGUCUUUAACACAGCAGGGUACAAGGCCAGCCAGAUCAAAAUUAGAAUUGCGCAGUGUAUUAUUCCCACUGAAGUUGGUAUACCAACUCUUAAAUUUACGUUUUUAAUAAAUAUGUUCUCGCCACACUG